GAAUAAUGGGUUAGGUCGGGUGAUCCGGGUUGAUGGGUUGGGUGGCCCUCGGCGUUGGAUUGGGUUGGAGUUUGGGGGGUCCCGGAAGGAUGCGUUGGGUGGUCUCAGGGAGUGGAACUGAGCUGGGGUUAGGUGUUCUUCGGUUGACGUUUAGAGUUCCCGAGAGCUGGCUUUAGGGGCGGGUCUCGGUGAGGCUGGUCAGGGGGUGGGUCCCUGUCAGCCGGGGAGGUGCUGACUCUGUCCGGGCCCGGACUGCGUUGCAGUAGAGAGGCUGACGCUGACCAUGUACACCAUUACCCGGGGACCCAGCAGGCUGGCAACACAGCGUCGGACGGGUCCAUCCCAGCAGAUCGAAGCCAAAUCCAGCUGCGACCUCAAGCAGAAGCCGGCGGGGAGUUGCCCAGCACCGAAGCUGGUGUUUAACCGAGUGAAUGGGAAACGCUGUCCAACACCAGGAAUCACUGACACUCGGGAAGAGGAGCACACACCAGCUCAUGAGGAGAAUGUCCGGUUUGUUUACGAAGCAUGGCAGCAGGUGGAAGAAGAGCUUGGAGCCAGUCAGCAACUGGAGAAUGGGCAGUGCGCUCAUGGGCCGGUGCAAUACGUGGAGAAAACACCAAACCAGAACUUGAAGAAUGCUCUGUCAAAAUACAGUACAGGAUCCCUUAAAUGUGUCUGUGGGACGGAUGGUGUACCCUUAACCAUGUCGGAUUGGACACAAACAGAAAAUGUUGGAAAAACUCAGCAGGUCUGGCAGCAUCUGUGGAGAGAGAGAGAGAGUUAACAUUUCGAGUCCAUAUAUCUCUUCAGAGCUAAAGAGAUGUAGAAAUGUGAUUAAUUUAAUACUGUUUAAGAGGGGGUACAGCAGAUGGAGCAAAAUAGGUUAGGGAUAGGUAAUAGCCCAGAGAUUGACAAAGUUGUCAUGGACACAAGACAAAGGGAGUGUUAAUGACUAAAGAAGGUGCUGAUAGUGGCAUAAAGGUAAGAUAGCAGAAUGUGUUAAUAGCAGAACAAGGGUCAACACUCUGUGAAAGCACAACUU